GGACGGGACCACGCAACAGAGAUUCCUAAUAAUUCACUUGUGAUCCUCACAUGCCAUUCACAUCUCUCAAGCUGUGUGUUGUCCUGCUGUGCAUCAUUUGAAACCGUGAUCCGUGAUCAACAAUGGCCUCCUUCUGCUCUCCUUCCUCAGAUUCCCUCGGCGGCAAGGCCAAGCUCGCCCAUGCGCUGCUGCUCGGCGCCGCAAUUGCGGCUUCCGCCGCCGCCGCGGCUUACUACGGGAGGCUGCGGAGGUGGAGGACCCGUGUCGUGGGGAUAAUCCCGGCUCGUUUUGCUUCCACUCGCUUUGAAGGCAAGCCUCUUGUUCAGAUUCUUGGCAAACCCAUGAUCCAGAGAACAUGGGAGAGAGCAAAGUUGGCUUCUACAUUGGAUUCUGUUGUUGUGGCCACAGAUGAUGAAAGGAUUGCUGAAUGUUGUCGAGGAUUUGGAGCUGAUGUGAUAAUGACAUCAGAAUCAUGCAAAAAUGGUACCGAGCGUUGCAAUGAAGCUCUUCAAAAGCUAGAAAAGGAUUAUGAUAUUGUUGUCAAUAUUCAAGGAGAUGAACCUCUCAUUGAACCAGACAUUAUAGAUGGGAUUGUUAGAGCUUUGCAGGGAGCUCCUGAUGCAGUGUUUAGUACAGCUGUUACAUCUUUAAAACCUGGGGAUGGACUAGAUCCCAACCGCGUGAAGUGCGUGGUGGAUAAUAAUGGUUAUGCAAUAUACUUCUCCAGAGGAUUGAUCCCCUUUAACAAGUCGGGGCAAGUUAAUCCAAACUUCCCCUAUUUACUUCAUCUGGGAAUUCAGAGUUAUGAUGCAAAGUUUUUGAGGAUAUAUCCACAACUUCCCUCUACUCCAUUGCAAUUAGAAGAAGACCUUGAACAGCUUAAAGUUCUUGAGAAUGGGUACAAGAUGAAGGUAAUCAGGGUCAAUCAUGAUGCGCAUGGGGUGGACGCUCCAGAAGAUGUUAAAAAAAUAGAAGAUUUAAUGCGAGAAAGAAAUAUUUCAUAAUGCCCGUGGCAAGUUGGUGUGGCAAGGGAUACAUGGGAUACUUCAUAUUGAGCUCUGUAUGCAUAUCUUCUGUUUGUCACCAUUGCUUAUAUUUCAUUUUCAGUUGGUUCUCAUUUAGUGUAGCUUGUUUCACUGCCUUUCUGCUGAUGUGGUUCAUUUUUAAUUUGAUAAUUUAUUGCAUGAAUACAACCUCUGUAUUUAAAAACCCAUAAAUAAAAGCAAAAUGUUUGGUGUGCAA